AAGGGUCUGUGCGGUGUGUUGUUUAUUUAAAAAUAACUACCGAGACUUCCUCUUUGUACCGUCACCUUGUUCUCUCAAACCGGGGUGAGCUUUCCUUUGCCAGAGGCUGAAGAUAAGCAGACAAGAAUACACAGAGGAAAAGAACACAGCCAAGAUUCAGCGGAUAGGGAGGAAGCAGGAUGGCUGAGCCUGAGAAAAUCCCUGAACCAGCCCCACGACGAAUCUUCCAGGAGAGACAGAGGAUUACUGCUCUUCCUCUGUACUUUGAAGGGUUUCUAUCAAUCAGACGUGCACAGUACCAGGAUUUUGAACAGUACUGGACAGAACUCAGAGGAACUACACUUUUCUUUUAUAGUGAUAAGAAAACCCCAACCUAUUUAGAGAAACUAGAGCUGACGAAUUUGACAUCAGUAGUGAACGUUUAUCCAGAGGAAAAGUGCAGUGCACAGUUUAUCCUGAUGCUGAGAAAUGACAAAGUGGAGCUGAAGGUCGAGGACUAUGACAGUGGGGAGGAAUGGAAAGGCUUUAUCCUCACAGUCACACAGGUAGGGAAGCUCUUUAGUGCUGGUUCUCAGCAGAUGGUAAAUUGUAUGGUCAAUUGCUUGAUCACAUGUUGGUUUGUAUGA